GCGGUGCAGCGCUGCUAGUGGUCCUCUCCUCAGCAGUGCGCGCGGAUGGUGGAGCGACCGUUCCCGGUGAAAAGCUCCCAACUCCGUCCGUGUGAAAAUGCCUCUACGACGCUUGUGAGCCGGCGACACAGAAGCAGGCCACCGAGACCAAUCUUCGGGCCGGUUUAACGCCAAACAGCGACAGGAUGUUGCAAGUUUUAGCUUGUGGCGCCGUAGUUUUCCCUGGUUUGUUUGUCGCCUUCAGGAAAAUCCUGCCGUGUGUGUUCAAACACUGGAGUGAUGCCGACGUGGUGCUGGUCAGCGAGAGGCUGGUGUCCUCCAUCCACGCUCUCAUGGCAACGACAGCGGGGGUGAUCAUCGUGUCGUCAUGCCGGGGAAACGUCAUUUUUGACAGGCACUGGCUGGCCACCUCCUUCGUCAUCUGGUACGGCGUGCCCUACAUGACCUAUGACAUCUUCGCCAUGUACCUGAGUCACUUCCACCGCUUCCGCAUGAAAGGGCACGAGGAGUACAAGCGGCAUUCACUCAGGACCAUAAACUCCUUCGUCCGGAAGGAGUUCCUGCUGGUGCUGCAUCACAUCGCCCUGCUCACCAUCCUCCUGCCCGUCACCCUGUUCUUCAGAAAGGAGCAGGGGGAUUUCUUCAUCGGCUGCUUGUUCUUGACAGAGCUCAGCACUCCCUUCGUUUCCCUCGGGAAGAUCCUCAUACAGCUCAGCCUCCAGGAGUCCUGGGUGCACAAGGUCAACGGCGGCAUGGUCCUGCUCACCUUCUUCAUGUGUCGCAUCGCCCUCUUCCCCUACAUGUACCUGGUGUACGGCCAGCACUACGGCAUCCCGCUCUACAGCGUGCCCUUCCACCUCCCUCUCUCCACCAACCUGGGCAACGUCUGCAUCCUGGCGCCGCAGGUCUACUGGUUCGUGCUGCUUUGCCGAAAGGGAUACCGUCUAUACAAGCGAAGCCGUGGCGCGGCCAAGGAGGAUUGACAUCCGCCUCUCGCUCUACCACCCCUCCCUUGGACUGAAGAAGGCAGGACUUCCUGCCUGGGGAUUUUUUUUUCUCUGCACACCUUUUUACUCCUGGGUUACAAAUCUGCUGCCUAAGUGGAUCCAGCUCGCUGGUUUUCUUUUUUUUUAGCUCCGGAUCUUUCUAUAGUGACACGCCACAUCUGCAACCUGGAAGAAACAAGCGACUCACUGUGGGGACGGAGGAGAAUCUUCCAUAUCACUCUGUUUACAGACGGAUCAGCUGCUCUUAUGACAGGUUCUCAUUCAACCAUGUAGCUGGAAGGCCAUUAUGACUGUGUGGCGGGGAAAGAUUCAACUGUUCAGUGACUACUAUCAGUUCAUUGCUGUAUUUUAGUGCUACUAAAUGAAUAUUCCGACCUUGACCUCAGCUUUAUCUCACGAAAAAGGGCGUCUGUUACAAGUUUACCACACGUGGAUGAACCUAUACCCAUGUUUACAGCAGCGUAUUAGGGCUUUUGGAGGUGAAAGAGGCGCAGCUCCCCCGUGCUUUCAUUCAGUCCUAGAAGUGGUUGUUGCUCCUCUGCUCCAAGCAUUACGGUACACUUGAUUCACAGUCGAUUUACGGACAGAUCGGAGGAAAAAAAACGUCAUUUCUACAUUUAUUAUUCAGGUUCUAUACACUGUAAAUCUGAAUCUGAAUCUGCCGCGGCCCCAGUAUGCAGGUUUUUACACAGGCAGAAGUGACAUUUACAAUUCUGCCGUCGAGCUUUUGCAUGUCUUUUUAAAACAGGGAUACGUGUUUUUAUAUCGCCGCAGCCAUAACUAGUCCAAUUCACCCCCAUCGAGCCCCAGACCCCGGAGCGGAGGGCGGGGCGUCCUGAAGCCUAUAGUAGUUCAGAAGGUGCCUGCUUGUGAUCACUGAAACAGAAGCAAUAAGGUGAGCUGCAUAUCACCGGCGAUGGGGGUGGGGGUUUCCCUUGGGUUGUAGUGAUCCACCACCGAUUCUAAGAGUCAUAAAUGAUAGGCUUUUUUAAAUGAAGGCGUCAUUGUGUACUGUAUGAUGUUUUUAGAGAUCAUAUAUAUAAUCUUGGAGAAGAGCUACUAUAUUUAGCUAGAACCUUUUUAUCAUGCUUGCUUUCUUUUAUUUAUCAUUUUCAAUCACUUUAAGGUGUAAAGCGGUGGCUUGAUCUCAGCUGCACAUUUGGAUCAUUCAUGACAGAAAAGAGAGGCUUGUUAUUCUUUUUUUUUGUUCUUGACAAUGUCAUGCAAGUGUAAUCUAUGCAAGUGAGCUUCUCGGGCCGCGUCAGUCUUGCAUUUGCAGAUAUAUUUCUGGGGACCUUUUUUGAUUUUUACUGCUGUAUUUUCUCACCAGGUGAAUAAUCCGGUUGCAUUCCAGUGGAGUUUUUCUUGUUUGUUAGAGACUGUAUGUUUAAUAACUGUUGAGACGCACACACACAACCAUACAAGCUGAUAAGCUCAGAUACUGACCUGUUUAUGAUGCAGCUAACGUUUCCUUUUGAUGGGGAUUGACCGCAAAGAGAAGCAGCUUUUUAUUGCUGUUGUGAGGAAAUAUCCUCUCCCCCCUCAGGGGUUUGGCGACAUGUACGACCUGGACGGGGGGAGGUGGGGGGGUUUCUUUCAUGAAGGAUUCUCACCGGCUGUCCAUGCUAGUCGGACACCAAAGACUGUUGGGCACUUUAGUUCACCCCCUGAGCUGUACUGAAGUUGGGCGAGGACCUGUCACGCUCUGCUGUAGCGGGAGAAUCCACUGUUUGGUUUUGGCUGGCAGCUGGAGAACAUAGACACUAACGUUAAUGUAGUUCACUUUAGUGUAUAUAUAUAUAUAUAUAUAUACACUUUUUUUCAGUCCAUCUUUGUUACAAGCACAAACAUCCUGCUCUCUCUUUCCUUUCAUCUAAAAAUACUUUUUUUUUCUCGCACUUUAUAUAGACAGCUAAUUCUGGUGUCUAUGUUCUCUUGCAUCAAACUAACAGAAGUGAAUACAUUUUGUCAUUUUUAAACAACUUCCAGGCAGAGAUUUGUGGAACAUCAUUUUAGCUGCUUUGUUCUGUCGCAGCCAGUGGAUCUGAAGUCGUCGGUUUUGGUUUGUUUUUUUUUCCCUCAUGCUGGGAUCAGACUGCUGAAGUUCGAGAGCCAGUUACAUAAUAAUAAUAAUAAAGUUUGAGAUCAUUUCAGCCCAGUUGGAUCAGCGCCAGCGCUGGACUCUUGCUUUUAAAUCUUAAACACUUUCAUUAAUAAACUCCUAGUCGUAAGUUUGAGUAAAGUACUGUUCCUAUUUACCUUCAUGUAACAUAUUAGCGCCAUGGUGCAAGUAUUUUCCCUCCAUUAUUAUCAACAAACAUAUUCCCAUGAUCACCGUAUGAGAAGUUUCAAUUCACUCAAGGAAUCCUGACAGUUUCUAAUGCAGCAAGAGGCUGAUGAAAGAUGGAAAAAAAUAGACAGGCUCCAAAGGGUUAAAUAUUUAAAAUAAAUAAGAAUAUUAAUAGUAGUUAAGUUGCAUUUUUUUUUAUUUUUAAAAGUAUAUUUACACUUUUAAAAUAUAGGUAAAUGAAAUAUAUAUUUUAAACGGUCUCACACAACUGUUUAAAAGUUAAAAUGAGUAUUCUCAGUAGAAAACAAUUGUGUGAUAAGAUAUGAUUUCAUGUUCAUGUUUUUUAUUUUGAUAGAAGUUUGCUGUGUAACAAUGGAUCCCAACAUUUUUUACUUUCUUUUUUAGACCCUCAUACUUACACAUGAGGCUUCGAUUCCUCUUUACUCUCUAUUUCUGUCCAGUUUUUGCUGAGCUAAUAUCUGCAGGAGCCAGAUGUUCGGUCGCAGCGUCUGCUCCGCUGAUUCUGCUUCUGGUCGGACAGGGAACCUAGUUUGGUCUCCAGUGCCUUUGUCACGAUUCUGAAACCCAUAAAACAGAAGCGGCAGGUGGUGUUUACAGGUGGUGCUUCUCUGCACCCACGGAUACUGACUGAUAUGUUUUGACUAUGCAUUUCACGCUGGAGUGAGAAAUCCUCUGUUAUCAUUACUCUCUUGCCUCAACAGCCCCGUCCCGGCCCCACUGCCGACACCGUUCUUUCUUUGCUGACUAGAUCUUCUCUGGCUUUAGUGAGUGGGGCUCUAUUUGAGUUGAUUUCGAUCCAAUUCAGACAAGUGAUGAUGUAAGAGGACGUGACGUACUGUAGCUGCAACUUUGUGAACUCAGAACACCCCUUUAAGAUUCAAUAAACUCCAUUUGAUAGA